AGUUCCUUUCAGUCCCCGGAUGAUGCGGAGGUCGGGAGCGAUGUCGGUGACAGCUGGAGGCGGCUGUAGUUGCAGCAGGGAAAGUUGCGCCCCUCGAUGUGUAAUCGCGCACUGUGCGCGGAGCUUGACACGGCUGCCACUUUUUAUAUGGGGGCGUUCUCUCCUGCAGAGACUCAGUGCGGAUUUACGCCCAGUCAGGUAGGUUUUGGCUCAUUUGCCCUCGAACAGUCGCUCAGUCUGGAACAUGAGAUGUAGGAUUGAGAAGAAUUUGCUCCGUUUCAGACGCUGCUUCUGACAUUUGCGGCUGUUCUUCAACUACAACGGGGAGUCGCUGGUUGUGGUUCAGCAGUUGUUCAUGGGGCUUUGACUAUUACAGCAAUUUGUACCUGCUGGGAGUUAUUCUCUGUGUCCUUAUCUGCGCUGCGCACUAUUGCAUGGAACGAUUUAUAUAGUAGUAGCGAUAGUAUGUGAAGUCGAGUCGCACCAAAGUCAUUUGCACGUUGUUCUACUGUACAGUUCGGCUGCGACUUGUGAGCACUGGCCGCUUCCCUUUGGGACUUCAGCACCUCGGACAGCGCCAACGAGAACUGGAAGCCUUUCAGAAGAGCAGCUCCGCAAAUGCUAAUGUGCUCGGCUUUGCUGCACCAAGAUCGCUCCAACUGUGCAAACUCUAGGUCGGAUUGCGCCCGAUUCAUUUAUCUCUGCACUGAGGAAAGCGAAUCCUUCUCAGCACUUCUCCUCUAAUGCGGAUUCGUGACACCCGGAGGACUUUGCGCUGGUUUUGCUGCAGAAUUAUUAGCGUCUGAUCGCCGGGGAACACCUUUUGGAUCAUUGCGGGGCGCAAAAGUCCCUCAGAGGAUGGAUUACAGAGCUUGCACUUCAGCCUUGGCAAUGCCAGUGUUACUGCUCCUUCUCUGCACUUUGGGCCGUAACGUUGCGGAGCAAGAAGUGGAAAACCUUUCGGGUCUCUCCAGUAACCCCGACAAAAAUAUUUUUGCCAUCCGAGACAAUGGGACGACUUGCCUUAUGGCUGAAUUCUCUGCUAAAAUCCUCGUCCCCUAUGAAGUACCUUCCAGCAACGAAGUGGAUUGGGAUCUACAAGAAGCCUCUAUCCUGUUACCCAGAGAUACAGAAAUAAGAGGCAAAUGUUGGAAUAAUGAAUCUGAGCUUCAUUUGUCUUGGCUGGACAAAGCCUAUACUCUCAAGCUCUUCUUCUCCAAGGAGGGACCAGAAGCGAGCAAAUCCCGUGGUUGGAAAAUGAGUAAAAUCCAGUUUUUGUAUGACCCUUCGGAGCGCACACAUUUUAAGAGCGGAGCAAGGCCUGGGAGACACACGGCCAAUAGCCACCACCUGUCUCUCAUGGUCACACCGGCCGGGAUGUCUUAUGAAUGUGAGGCCACCCAGAGAAUCAGUCUGACAUCUACUGACCACCAGAAGACCGUCGUCCUGUUCCUUUCAGAAGUUCACAUACAGCCAUUUGAUAUGAAGAGUGAUUUUGUCUACAGUGAAGAAUACAAGUGUCCAACGGAUCAACGGAAACAGCUGGAGGAAACACUGCCCCUCAUUUUAGGCCUGACACUGGGAGUUGCCAUACUCAUCAUCGUCGCUGUGUAUCAUAUUCACCACAAGAUGACAGCCAAUCAAGUUCAAAUCCCUCGGGACAGAUCUCUGUACAAGCACAUGGGAUAAAACUCACUCAAUUCAGGGCACAUAACUCAUCAGGUAGAAAGCAAUGCACUUUUCUAAUGGCUCCUUCCAUUUCUGCCUACAUUCCAUAUGCUCUGAUAUUCCAGUGGUUAGUGUCCCAUUUAGCAUCUGUCUGCAGUUAGUGUGGCCCUGUAGAUCCAGUGUGUGUGGCCCUUCGAUUAACCCACGGCUGGUAAUAUUCUCUGGGUUGCACUUCCCAAACAACAGGAAGGCAGCAGUAUGACAUAGUCUCUUCCCAUCAGUGUGUAUAUGAGUGUCCCUUUAUAUCACAGCCUUUUCUAUAGUUCUUACCUUAAGCCAGAGCAUUCACUGUAGAUAGUCAGCUCUUGGGUAUAAGGCCUGCCCUUUACUGGCCAAAGCUGCUGUAAGCUAUGGGUUUGAUCUCCCUCCUUUAAGCCAUGAUCCCUAAUGUUUGCACUGGCAUUCGGCGGCUAGUAAUAUCUGUAUAUAUAUAUAAUAAUAAUUAUAUUAUUAUCACCCAUUGCAUUUAUAUUCAUUGCUAUAGAUUCUAUGCAUGUUCACAUUUAUAUUAUAAUAUAGAUAUAUAACAAGAGGAACUUUAACGAUGUAAUAAAAGAAUUCUAGUCUUUACCUACUAUUUUAUAAGGGCAAUUCAGAACAUCAGAAUUGCCACAAAGAGCUUUUUCUACGUUAGCCUUAUUGUUACAAGACAAUUCUCCAUAGGCUGCUGCUGUAAUGUAUCCACUAGGGACACAAGGAGUGGGAGAGAAUGAAUCAGUCCUCAGAUGCUACACAAGUCAUUUUGUGCCAGAAUCCACGAACGCUUGAAUACUGUAGGCAUGAUGCAUGUUUGCUUUUGUGCAAUGCUCCCCACUAUAAUCAGAAUAAGAAUUCCCUUGGCCAGUGACAGAGAUGAUGACUAUGCACAUUCCUUUGCUUUAUAAAGUGUCCAUUUGAAAAGACUGUUUGGCAAAAAAAUUAUUAAAGACCUUUCAUUAUAA